CAACCACCUUGGCCAGCCAAACACAACACCUCCCCAUUCAUCAAGCAACUAACCUCCCAAUACCCAACUCGCGAGCCCCUUUAGCCGUACCCGAAACUCCUCAGCAUUAAACCGUCAGAUUUACGUUUGCGACCAUGACCGCAGAGGAAGAGCGCCAAGCCGCCCUCAACUCGUACAGGGCGAGGCUCCUCGAGUCUCGAGAGUGGGAGGCCAAGCUCAAGAGCCUACGCCUGGAGAUCAAGGACAUGCAAAGGGAGUUCGACCGGACCGAGGACAACAUCAAGGCACUUCAGAGCGUGGGACAGAUUAUUGGCGAGGUCCUAAAACAGCUCGACGAUGAACGAUUCAUCGUCAAGGCUUCCUCCGGACCACGAUAUGUCGUCGGCUGCAGAUCAAAGGUCGACAAGGUGAAGCUGAAGCAAGGUACCCGUGUUGCCCUCGAUAUGACGACACUCACGAUCAUGCGAAUGCUUCCCCGCGAGGUCGAUCCCCUGGUGUACAACAUGUCGUUGGAGGACCCUGGUCAAGUGAGCUUUGCCGGUAUCGGUGGACUGAACGACCAGAUCCGAGAGCUGCGAGAGGUCAUUGAGCUUCCCCUCAAGAACCCCGAGUUGUUCUUGCGAGUAGGCAUCAAGCCUCCCAAGGGUGUCUUGCUGUAUGGACCUCCUGGAACAGGCAAGACUCUUUUGGCGCGAGCAGUUGCAAGCAGUCUGGAAACAAACUUCCUGAAAGUCGUCUCCUCCGCCAUUGUCGACAAGUACAUUGGUGAGUCGGCGCGACUCAUCCGCGAGAUGUUUGGAUAUGCCAAGGAGCACGAGCCUUGUAUCAUCUUCAUGGACGAGAUUGACGCCAUCGGUGGACGACGAUUCUCCGAGGGUACGAGUGCCGAUCGUGAAAUCCAGCGAACACUGAUGGAGCUGCUCAACCAGCUUGACGGUUUCGACUACCUGGGCAAGACCAAGAUCAUCAUGGCUACCAACAGACCCGACACGCUGGAUCCCGCCCUGCUCCGUGCUGGUCGUCUGGACCGAAAGAUUGAGAUCCCUCUGCCCAACGAGGUCGGGCGACUUGAGAUUCUCAAGAUUCACUCCCAAAGUGUCGUGCUUGAUGGUGACAUUGACUUUGAGAGCGUGGUCAAGAUGAGUGACGGACUGAACGGUGCUGACUUGCGAAACGUGGUUACUGAAGCUGGACUGUUUGCCAUCAAGGAUUAUCGGGAAUCGAUCAACCAGGAUGACUUCAACAAGGCGGUUCGCAAGGUGGCCGAGGCCAAGAAGCUCGAGGGUAAGCUCGAGUAUCAGAAGCUGUAAGCAGGGAAGGGAGUGCGGUACGCCAAGAUGAAUAUGAUACUACGGCGAGGAGAAACUCCACGGAUGAUGGAGGUUGAAGGAUACAGGGUCGCUGGGUAAUCAAUCCACCAAUACUGGACUGGACUGGACUGGACUGGACUGUACAAUAGAGUCAGGGCCGGCGGCUAUAGAUUGGCUCAGCCCUAGAAGCAGGAAUGCACAUGGCGUCUCGGAA